CUUCGUUUUCUUUACUUGUUUGCUCAAUUCGUAAUUCUCGGUCUUCAUUUUUACUUGAUCUAUGUCAUCAAGAAUAAGAAUGACCAAACCAUAUUAAAGUAUGUUGAACCUGCUGCCCAAAGUUGGGAUGGAACCGAGACACCAGAUCAGCUGGUGAAUACGACAGUGAUGGAAUACGACAUUAAUGAAGUUAAAAAGUCAAUGAAGCAAUCAUUUGUUGGCAUCGCCCUCAUCGCCUUCAUUCAUCUUAAAUUUGGCUACAUUCAACCUUUAUUGGUUCAAUCCAUUCUCGGCUUCAAGACCUUUUUGAUGACAAAAGAAGCACGUCUUCACAUCUGGGGCGCUAAGGCCACAGGUGAUUUGAGACGUCCAUUUAGAAUUGAAGCACCUUUUGGCUUAGUAAGCGAAAAGAAACAGCCCAAGACAGACAAAGGAUCGAUCAAGAAGGCUGAGAAG